CCUUGGGUCCCGAGUGCACCAGUACUUCCGAGGAGUGCAGCACAGACCUGGCAGGCCACUGCCUGAGCCUGAACCCCGCGACCCUGAGGCUUCCAACAGCGCAGCCCCUCCCGCUGCCUGGUGCCUCUUGGUCAGAGCUGAACCGGACUUGGCUGGGACCUCCGGGGAGUCUGUUUGUGCCCGCACCAGGCCAAUCUUCUUUAAGUGCCUUUAGUCUCUGAUUUUCUCGUAAAGUACAAGCUGACUCCAGAGGUUUUCGAUGCCCUCGGGGGCGGGGAGCGCGUGGACUCAAGUCUGCAGCAGCUGGCGAGAUCCGACCUGCGGCGGGGUGGCCCGGGGAGGUGCGAGUUCAGGGCCCGGCCUGGAGGCUGACAGGGAGCCCCGCGCGGCACCGCGGGAGCCGGGCCGAUUCUGGUACAAGGAGGACGAGGGCCGUGGGGAGCGGGGCACACAGCGCCCGACCGGGCCCACCGGGCUAGGCUCCCGUGGGCCGCUUUAAGGCGCAGGCCUGAGGCCGUUGGGGGCGUGGUUCAGAGCCCCGCCCCCGUGCCGCGCGGGCGCAUAGGCUGUGCGGGGCGCGGGCGCGUGGCUGCUCUUUGAACCGGCGCGGGCGCUGUAGCUGGGCCGGGGUCUUCCAGGGGUCUUCCAGGGUCCUUCGGGCCAUGGCGGCCGAGGCGCGAGUGUCGCGCUGGUACUUCGGAGGCCUGGCCUCCUGCGGGGCCGCCUGCUGCACGCACCCACUGGACCUGCUCAAGGUGCACCUACAGACCCAGCAGGAGGUGCGGCUCCGCAUGACAGGCAUGGCGCUGCGGGUGGUACGCUCAGACGGCAUCCUGGCGCUCUACAAUGGCCUGAGUGCCUCGCUGUGCAGACAGAUGACCUACUCCCUGACUCGGUUUGCCAUCUAUGAGACUGUGCGGGACGGCAUAGCCAAGGGCAGCGAGGGGCCUCUCCCCUUCCACACCAAGGUGUUGCUGGGCUCUGUCAGCGGUUUAACUGGAGGCUUCGUGGGGACUCCUGCGGACUUGGUCAACGUCAGGAUGCAGAACGACAUGAAGCUGCCCCAGGGUCAGCGGCGCAACUACGCCCAUGCCCUGGAUGGACUGUACCGAGUGGCUCGAGAAGAGGGUCUGAAGAAGCUGUUCUCGGGCGCCACCAUGGCAUCUAGCCGUGGGGCAUUGGUCACCGUGGGCCAGCUGUCCUGCUAUGACCAGGCUAAACAGCUGGUCCUCAGCACCGGAUACCUAUCUGACAACAUUUUCACUCACUUUGUCGCCAGCUUCAUUGCGGGAGGAUGUGCCACGUUCCUGUGCCAGCCCCUGGACGUGCUGAAAACUCGCCUUAUGAACGCCAAGGGGGAGUAUCAGGGUGUUUUCCACUGUGCAGUGGAGACAGCAAAGCUUGGGCCACUGGCUUUCUACAAGGGCCUCUUUCCUGCUGGCAUCCGUCUCAUCCCUCACACUGUGCUCACCUUCGUGUUUCUGGAGCAGCUCCGCAAACACUUUGGCAUCAGAGUGCCUUCCUGACUGGGACAUGGGUACAGGCUGGGCCACCAGGGCCAGAUUCUUCCAAAAGGUCCCAGGGUGGGCACCGGAGCCUCACACCUGCUCCUGGAGUCCUGGCCCCUCCUUCCUGGCCCCGCCCUACUCACUGGCUUGCUGGCUGAGCUCAUUCCAGUGACCUUUGUCCCCUCCUUGGCCCUCCCUGCCCCACCCCCAUGAUGGCCGAUGGCCGGCCCCCCUUUUGGGCUGAUCUGGCUGGUGGGCAGGAACCACUUCUCUCAUGGACUUGAUGCUUGAGCCCACAACAGUUUCUGUCUAGCACUUGGGGGACAUUGCGUAUGUGCACCUGCACCUUCUAUCUCCCGAGAGAAACAUGCUUUUAUGUCCUAUGAGGAGCUGCAGCUCCCAAGGUACCGUUUCCAGCUGAGGUGAACAAAACGCAGAUCAGGAACCAGUGUCAGGAAGGAGGGGCUUCAGAGCAGACAAGCCUGGUCCCCAAGGUCCCUGCCCACCCCCAGCCGCCAUCCCCCGAUUGCUUUAAUGGGUAGUUUUGCCAAAACCUCUCAAUGCUAAAAGGCUGCUGCUGUCUUCAAGGACUGUGCCCAUGUCCCUCAUGCCACCUUUGUUCUUUCCUCCUGGUUCCUUGGGGGAACAGGACCCACACUGGGCUCAGGGGCCUGAGGCAAGCAGUAGGUUGCAUCUUGGGGGCCCUUCUUGCCCAUGUGGGUGACUGCUGACCCACAGCCCGCUGCUCUGGUUCCGCUGCCAGAGCAGCCUGUCCCCUGGAAACAGAGUUGGCUUCUGCAUCCAGCUGCUUCCCCGGUCCCCUGGAAGGGCUGCAGCCCACCCAGCUUUGCAGUGGCUGCUAAUAAAGAUGGGAGCCAUCUGGG